AUGACGAAGACCGUUUCUAUUGCUAAUGUUGCGAACGUCUCUGCUCAAGUCAACAACAUCCCAAUGUUGAGUGGGACGAACUUUAAGGUUUGGAAAGAAGCCGUGGAGAUUGUCCUCGGCCGUAUGGAUUUGGAUCUUGCACUUCGUUCGGAUCAACCCGCUUCUACUCCGAAAAACCCCAAUGAGGGUAAAAUUGAAAGGUGGGAUCGCUCUGACCGAAUGUGCUUGAUGAUCAUGAAACGUUCCAUUUCAAAAGCGUUUCGGGGCUCUAUUACUGAGAGCAGGAUCGCUAAGAAGUUCCUUAAGGAAAUUGAACAAUAUUUUGCCAAGAAUUAA